ACUGUCAACGUCAAAAAUACUUGCUCGACAUUUCGCAUAGCGCUAAACAAUCGACCGAAUUCCAAUAGAAAACUAAAAAGAGGUUUCAACGAGAAACCUCUGUGUCUCUCUUAUCAGUGUAAACGCGUCUGCUUUCAUUAUCGUUCAACACACAUACACAGUAACAUGCUUUCAACAUGAUCUACGCCUCUCGAGUUAUUCAUAAAAGUUAAUCGUCCGAUUGCUGUUCUCUGGAUCAUUCUUUUUUUCUUAUAAAAUGAUAUGAGAAUUUUUCUAAUUUUGAUCGUAUAUAAACAUAAUUGACAUAAACGUUGAAUUAUGAUCGCGUCGAAACAAAUGAUUUUAUAUAUCAAAUGUUAUUUUUAGCCAAUCAAAUAUAUCUAAUCUUUUUUUCUAUAAUCAGAAUCUCUUUUUGUUCCUCGGAAGAAUGACUCAAUUCAAAAUAUAUCCCAAAUUAAUUAUGAUCAUAUUUAAUUUCUACUCACCUUCGAAUUUACUAUAAAGGCCAUAAUCGAGCUUGCGUGGUAUAACUUUGGCAUUUUCGUUGUUUUUAGAUUCAAGACUAGCACGAUCUAAAACCAAAUUUGCUACUCUUCUAAGUACUUGACUUUCAGGUGAAGUUUCAUACAUGGUGUGUCUUCUAUGUGGUGUCUUUCUAGUAUCACUGGCCGGCGAUUGCGAGAUGUCUGGAAAUAAUAAAAAUUAUUAUUUACGAUGAGAUGAGUAUGUGAAAAUUUUGAGACAAAGAGAGAGUAUUGAACUUUCGCAAGGAAACAUCGUGACUUGUGAAAAGUGAUCAUACGUAAUUGAAGAGAUAAGUAUUUUUACAACACACAAAUCAAACAUUUAAGCUGUUGAUGAUAAGAAUGAUAUUAGGUAACAAGCAAGUACGUUUAAUUCGAAACUUCCUCGUUCAUUUUCAGAUCUAAUCGAAGGAAAAUCGAUCGUUUAAUAAAAUUAAUUUUAAUAAAUCAUAAUAGAAUGAGAAAAAUCAAUCAGAUCCUUACUUAGUUGCGAGGGUGUAGGUGGUAAUUGUAUCUUCUUAUGCCUUAGGACAGCAAAUGGUGAUCUUUUAUCGCUGUGAUCUUCGCGCGAUGAGACAGAAGCCACCAAUAUAUCCGUCGAAGAUGGAGUGAUAGAAGCGCAUUGCGUUUCCGCAGGUAAUAGAGCUUCCUCUGGAUCGGUAAAGACACUGUCACUGGAAGAUUCCUGACUGAGCGGUGCAGAUAUCUCGGCUACUAGCAAACCUUUAUUGGCGAGACGCCAGGAGUCGGUGACCAGCAACGUCGAUGAGGGGUUCGUUAGGUUCACCGGUGUUGUGUUAGCCCCAAUAAUCGGUUCUUUCGAUGUUGAGACUGUUCCAUUGAUGAUAGUAGACAUUCCACUAGGUGUUUUAUCGAUCGUCUCGUGCUCAACAUCAUGAGAAAUAUUUGUAGCUGAUGAUUCCCCAUGAUGUUGAGAUAGUGAACUUGGUUUCACAUCGGGCGUUGUCUUUUCGACCUGUAAAAUAUCGAUAUGAUUGAAAAUGAUUUCUAAUCGUUUAAUAAAUUUCUUAUGAUUGUGAUAAAUAUUUUCUAAAUUAUUAAAAUAGAUCGAUAGCACCAACCUCAGUUGUCACUAUCGGUGGUUUAGGUGCUUGUCUUUUAGCUGGAGUUUGUAACUUCUCAAUGGAAGAUUUAUAUAUAUGUGCGCUCUUGCCGAUCUCGAAGCUAGCCACAUCUUCUAAACUCUUUGAAUUUUUCCUUCCUUCGAUUUUUGUUAUCUCAGAAAAUUCAGGAACGUCCACGCUCGGAUAUGUAACAUUCGCAGCAUCCCUUACCUUCUUCCCUUUCUUCUUACCAUCACUUUGUAAAUUACCCAUGAGAUUACGGAUGGUUGACACCGAGGAAGCACCGUUUUCCCCGUAGAGAGCUCUCAGGGACUCGAUCCAGCGGCGAGAAAAGUCGCGCAGCUUCGGCGCCCAAGGCCGCGCCUGAGCCGCGACUGCGUCCUGUGGCCGAUGCAUUUGCCCGGUCCGGUCGAUAAUCGAGACAAAUUUCGUGUCUGACAGAACGCUGUGUUAAAGUCGAGAAUUUUUAAGAAAGAAGAAGAAGAAGAAAAAGAAGAAAAAGAAGAAGGAUCGCGCUCUUAGAAGAGAAAAGGAAAUUCUUUCAUACUGAUCUCGUUCUCCUUUUAUUAUUGGGAUUUCUAAAGGGUGACAAGGUUUUAUCAAAAGAAAAUCCAGGAGAAAGAAAAACAAGAAGAUCCCUUUUUCAUCGGUAUUCUUUCAGGUAGAUCAGAUCCUGUCACUUGCAGUACGUUCUUUCAUUAACAAGGAACUUCUCUGUGAACUCUUAAAUCUUUUCGUAAAAUACAUAAUAUUUAAGAGACUUUCUUGCAGAAUCUGGAUAAAGAUAUUAUUAAUAUGUUCGAUUAAAAUGAUAAAGCUCGUGUUUCACUUCAUAUUAACACUCUCCGUUCGACUCAUUCUAUUUGUUUCGAAGGACAAAUAAAUAUGAACGGUCGUACGUGAUGUUGUCUCAACAAAUUUUUUUUACUAUUUUUAUUUUCUUUUUUUUUCAAUAAAUAUCUGAUUUCUUCCUAUGAUAUUGACAUUUUUCGUAAAUCGUAAAUUUUUACAAAUUUCUUUCGGUGAUCAAAAAUGGUCGAACUCGAGAUCGAUGUCACAUGAGGAAUCUAAUUAAUUAUAGAAACAAAACAAUUGGAUUAUUUGUUUAGAAAAAGAAAAAAAAUAGUUAAACUCACCGUGUACUGGUUUACAUCUUUCAUACACGAACAAGAUUUCGAUAGGAUAAAAUAAUCAUGAGACUGAGAGUCGUCUAUUCCUAUCCGAUGUGGCCUACUCCUGUUUCUCGAUAGUCUAUUGUGAAAUUGAUAGUGUUACAAGGACGCUCCGGUGAAUCCGUGUCGUUUCAAACGUUUAUCUUCUUCCGGUUGUCCUCCUCUAACAGUUUUCUCCCUCGUUCGAAUCAUAUGUAUGCAAUUGAUUUAACAGUUCCUUCCUUAUACUUUGCGCAUUGUUAUCUUGAUAUAGUGUAGAGAAAUAAUCGAAACUCGAUCAAUUUUUUAUUAAGUACAUACAUAUAUAUGUCGUACGUUAUUGAUAUUUCCAGAGUCGUCAUUUAUUGUCAUCGCUUUAUACGUGAUCGAUUCAUACGAUGAAGUCUCGAUCCGGGAUAUAAUCUUACGAGAUUGUACAAACAUUUGAAAAUCUUCUUUUCGGUCAUUUUUAUCCUCGUUGAAACUUCCGAUUCAUGAACAAUAUAACACAAAUUGCUAAUAAUGAUUUAUUAAAUAACUUUAUACUCCAAUGAGUAGAAAGAUUUUUUUAUACAGGAUGAUUUUAUCUAUCCGAGUUAUUAUUUGUAAUUAUAAGUAUUAAUUUUUAGAGGGAUAAAUAUAGAAUUAAAGUUGUUGAUUUAAUUAGAAACACAAACAGCAAUUAUGAGAGACACGAUAUCGUCCGUUUCGCGUGAGAAGCCACGACACGAGCUUAGGUUCACCACUGCUAUGUCGCUGCCGAUGGAUUGUUCUUACAGCGCAGUCUCCUCUAAUCGAGUUUCGAGAUACAAUAGCUCGAUUAUUGUAAGUUAAAGCGGGAAAAUCAGAAUUUUCAGAAUAAGCGUCAAUGAUAAAUAAAGGAUAAAAAUAAUUGUGUAACUAAUAAUUUAAUCAAUAAAAUUCGAAUGAAUCGAAUCGAAACUUGGAAUAUUAUUUCUGAAUGAAAUAUAAAGUACGUACGGAACACGUGUACGAGUUAUUUAAUUCAUUCACAAUUUGAAUAGCGUACGCACGUAUUUAGUACCAAUACUUACUGCUAGGGUGCACACAUGUAAUUGCGUCACUAGCGUCACCUGAUACAACAUGGCAUCAGAAUGGAGAUACUACCGCGAAGUACUUCAUUUAUUGUUUGAUUAUAAUAUUAAUACGCGUACAGUGUAAAUAUAUUAAUACGUAUUCGAUCAACAAACUAACCUCUUAAAUUAGUAUACAUAUCUAAAUCGAAGGAUGAAUACAUCAACAGAUUGGGACGUUGAACAAUAUAAAGCGGAGCAUGAGUCCGAUGAACAUUGGGAAUUAAGACGUAAAUUUCUUUUAACACAUAAAGAUAAGUUUCCAGAGGAUGAAUUACUUUGUUUAGCUCAAGCGUUCACCAACGUAGAAAUUUUAGGUUGCAGAUAUCCAAAAGAAACUAUGCAUUUGAUAUCAGAAUUAGCUCAAGAUGUUGUCUGCGAAUAUAGGGAAAGAAAGAAAAACAAAUUACAAAGAACAUUUGUCAAAGGAUCAGAUGCUGCCCGUACAAAGGCACAAGGUACAUCCAAAAACUGUAGCACAGGGAAGACAGACACAUGUACAAACGUUCCGAGUUCAAUUAAAAAUGAAAACAAGAUAGAAAACGUACCUGCUAAAAAAAUUAAAUUAGACGAAUCUCCAUUUGGAGAUAUAGUAUUAGUAGAAAGACCGGGUGAUUUACCACAAACGAUACUUGCUUGUGCAGUUAAUGUUUCUGGUGGCAAUAUAGAAUGGAAAAUUAAUAAAACUAACAUGAAUAAGUGGCAAUGCAUUAUUUUAAUUAAUGCAAAACAACUCGCGGAAUCUUAUGGCACAAAUCAGAAACUAGCCAAGAAAGAAGCAUCAGUCAUAGGCUUGCGUGAACUACAAAAAUAUUAUUAUACUAUCAAAAUUAAACAUAAUUUUAUUGAAGAAGCAAAUGUAACAACAACAUCAAUGCUGCAAAAUACAUCAUCUCAUGAUUCUAUUUCUGAUGAUAAUAUUGGAAAAAGAUUGAUGAAACUUAUGGGUUGGACAGGCGGAGGACUUGGAAAAUCUCAGCAAGGAAUUGUCGAGCCAGUUAUUGUUAAACAACAAGUUAGUCGAGAGGGUUUAGGAUUAAAAGUAAAAGCUUCGAAUUUACGCGAAUUAGAAUUAAAAUGUAGAGAUAUACUGAAAAAAUAUCUGAUGGGUGAUAUGAAAACUGAUUUAGUAUUCUCCCCAGAAUUCUCAAAUGAAGAAAGAACAGUAAUACAUAAACUUGCACGACAAAUGGGCCUAAAAUCACAUAGUUAUGGUCCAAAAGAUCAAAGAAAAUUAGUCAUAUCUCGUAAAGUUGAUAUAAGGGAUUUAGUAAUCGAAUUAAAAACUCUCGGUGGAAGCACUGAUAAAUAUGAGCUUAUAAAACCAAGCUCUAUUUAGGACCAAUUGCAAAUAUAUUUAAGAGAGAUUUUCCAGUCUUAUAGAGCAAUAUUAAAUGACAUUGAUAUACUUAUAGGUAUCUAAUAAGUAAGUGUAAACACAAAAUAAUGUCCUCUGUAUCUCUCCGAGUUAGAUUAUUCAUCAUAUUGCAUUUUCAGGAGCAGUACCUAUUAAUAUUUUUAUAAAAACAAUUGUACAAAAGAUGACAUAUUUAUAUAUAUGCAUUAAUUGCAUAUUUCUUGAUAAUAUGAUCAUUAUUUUUAAUAUAUCAUUAAAAUUAUACGAAAUUAAUUUAGAAAUCAAAUAAUGUGUAAAUAAGUCGUCUAUAUUAUAGAUAUAUAGAUAUAUAGAUAUAUAGAUAUAUAGAUAUAUAUAUAUACAUAAGUAAAAUUAAUAAGGAUAAUGAUUGGUAGAAAAUAUAAGUAUAAUUUUUCUUAGUGAUUUGCUAUAUUCUUUAGCAUUAUUUUCAUUACAAUGUCAUUUGUUAAAACAUAAGCAAUCUUGAGAAACAAAACUCUGCUAAUAUCUAUAAAAAAUAAAUGUUUAAACGCGAACAUUAAUCAUAAAUAUCUCUCUCGAUUCUAGUUUACUAUGUAAAUAAUGAAUUUCCUUUAAAAGGAACCUUUUUCAUUAUAAAUGUAUUAUUAAACAUAUUUGCUAUUAAAAAUAUUAAAAUUAAAACAUAUACAUACAUAUAUAUAUAUAUACAUACACAUAUAUAUAUAUAUAUAUAUAUAUGUAUGUGUGUAUAAAUAUAUUGUGUUUUAAAAAUAAGUUUCCAAAUAAUGAUGCUUAAAGAUUAAAAUUUUUAUUUUAUAUUAUGAUUUUACAUUACUAAUUCCCAGGAGUUUAUAAGGACGAUAUAUAUCGAAGAUAAUAAAAAGAAUAAAUGAAAAAUGUUAUUAUCGACAAUUUGUAAUAAUCGCCACGUUGAUGUGCAAUUGACGUGCCGGGUGUGUGUAAUAGAACUGUCAAGUAAAACUGAA